AAGGGACUUGAAUUAUAAGCGGGCUGUAAACUCUCUGCACCCCGCCCAAGCCCCUAUGGUACUUUGGCGUCCCCUCUAGCAUUGACAAGUCGCCUUCCUCUUCGCCCGGCGCCGGCAGCUAACUCUCUAUGAUCGCCGAGUUCCCGGCGCCGUCUCGUUGGUAUUUAGUUCCGGAAGCGAGUUUGAAUCAGAGGAGAGGCUGGACUUCCCUCCCGGAAGUAACCCACGUGCUUCCGCUGGAGCCUUCUCGGGAGGCAGGUAACGUUAUAGUUUUUGUCAGAAGUUGGGGUCUCCGUGAGCAUUGUGAUCCGUCCCAGGCAGUGGAGGCCAGAAGGAGAUACCUUCCACGGUGCUAGGCUGAGAUGGAUCCUCUCAGGGCCCAACAGCUGGCUGCGGAGCUGGAGGUGGAGAUGAUGGCUGAUAUGUACAACAGAAUGACCAGUGCCUGCCACCGGAAGUGUGUGCCUCCUCACUACAAGGAAGCAGAGCUCUCCAAGGGCGAGUCUGUGUGCCUGGACCGAUGUGUCUCUAAGUACUUGGACAUCCAUGAGCGAAUGGGCAAAAAGUUGACAGAGUUGUCUAUGCAGGAUGAAGAGCUGAUGAAGAGGGUGCAGCAGAGCUCUGGGCCCGCAUGAGGUCCGUGUCAGUAUACACCGUGGGGUACACCCCACCCCUUCCCACAUUAAUAAAAGUGCUCUCUGUUGGGUGUCAUCUGUGAAGACUGCCAGGCCUAAGCUCUCUGUUGCGAGUCUUCAAGAUCCUGGAGUGGUAGCGCUCUCUUCUGGUGAAGGAGUAUUUGUCACACUGGAAUGUGACUGUGUGUGUAUGUAUGUAUGUAUAUAUAUAUUAAAACAAGUUUGUUGACACCUA